AUGGACGAUGCUGUGCGGACUGCUGGUGCUGGCCCUAGCACUGCGCGGUGGGGCCGCCGCUCGACUCUCCUUCUGACGUGGUCGCUGGCCGAGUUCGUGACCAUCUUGGUGUACGCCUUCGCCGGCCGGCUCUGGGGCUUCGUCGUCGCCGGCGUGCUCCUUGCGCUCGUGUUCAUCUUCACGUGCUACUACCUGCGGCGCUCGAGGGGGUCGGAGGAGUCAACGGUGGGGCAGCAGCCUGCUGAGCCACGACCGCACCAGCUGCAGGCCAACGGCGGCGUUGGCCUCAGCCAGGGGGACAUCAAGGCCAUCCCGGCGUUCGAGUACCGCGCGGCGGACGGCGGCGGCUCAGGGCCGUCGUCGUCGUCCUCCGCGGAGGAGUGCGCGGUGUGCAUCAGCGUCUUGCGGGACGGGGAGACGGUGAGGAGGCUGCCGGCGUGCGGCCACGCGUUCCAUGCGCUGUGCAUCAACGGGUGGCUGCGUGGGCACGCCACCUGCCCGAUCUGCCGUGCCGGCAUCAAGGUCGUCGCCGGCGAUGACGGCGAGCCAUCCCCAGUGGCGGCGGCUGUGUAG